GACCUGUGGCACUGGGACAUCUGACAGGACCUGUGGCACUGGGACAUCUGACAGGACCUGUGGUACUGGGACAUCUGACAGGACCUGUGGCACUGGGACAUCUGACAGCACCUGUGGCACUGGGACAUCUGACAGCACCUGUGGCACUGGGACAUCUGACAGGACCUGUGGCACUGGGACAUCUGACAGGACCUGUGGCACUGGGACAUCUGACAGGACCUGUGGCACUGGGACAUCUGACAGGACCUGUGGUACUGGGACAUCUGACAUGACCUGUGGCACUGGGACAUCUGACAGCACCUGUGGCACUGGGACAUCUGACAGCACCUGUGGCACUGGGACAUCUGACAGGACCUGUGGCACUGGGAUAUCUGACAGCACCUGUGAUACUGGGACAGCUGACAGGACCUGUGGCACUGGGACAUCUGACAGGACCUGUGGCACUCUGACAUCUGACAGCACCUGUGGCACUGUGACAUCUGACAGGACCUGUGGCACUGGGACAUCUGACAGAACCUGUGCCACUGGCACAUUUAACAGGGCCUGUGGCACUGGGACAUCUGACAGGACCUGUGGCACUGGUACAUCCGACAGGACCUGUUGCACUGGGACAUCUGACAGCACCUGUGGCACUGGGACAUCUGACAGAACCUGUGGCACUGGGACAUCUGACAGGACCUGUGGCACUGGGACAUCUGACAGGACCUGUGGCACUGGGACAUCUGACAGAACCUGUGAUACUGGGACAUCUGACAGCACCUGUGGCACUGGGACAUCUGACAGAACCUGUAGCACUGGGACAUCUGACAAAACCUGUGGCACUGGGACAUCUGACAGGACCUGUGGCACUGGGACAUCUGACAGGACCUGUGGCACUGGGACAUCUGACAGGACCUGUGCCACUGGCACAUUUAACAGGACCUGUGGCACUGGGACAUCUGACAGGACCUGUGGCACUGGUACAUCCGACAGGACCUGUGACACUGGGACAGAGAAAGGGGGAGGAGACAGAGGAAAGUAA